AUGUCAUCCUUAACAUCCAAGCCACAGCGCGGUGAAAAAGCCGAGCUAACGCGCAAAAAGGUCCCACUCAAGCCACAAGUUGUGCGCAUCGAAGUGCUAGGUGAUGAGAAGGUGGGCAAGACGUCACUUGUUUGCUCGCUAGUAUCCCGCCACUUUAGCGAAAAGGUGCCCAGCGUGCUGCUAAAUGUGCAGAUACCCGCUGAAGAGAGUGACGAAAAUGUCGUCAUCUCCAUCACUGAUACUUCAUCCCGUGUGUCCGACUUGAUGCGCGUCACAAACGCAGUUAAGCGUAGCGACGCCAUCCUCUUAGUGUACGACUUGACCAGACCUGAGACUUUCCAGCGACUACGACGUUGGCUGGAAUUUAUUGCCAGGAACAAGGAGAUUCCAGUUGUCUUGGUUGCUAAUAAAGUAGAUAUUAAUGCUGUAACUCCUUCAACUGAUGCACCGUAUGCGAAUCAAGUGCGGCACCUGGUAAACACGUAUCCGUAUGUGGUUUCGGAGGUGGAAUGCUCGGCAAAAAAUUUUACGCAGGUGGCACAAGCGUUCUAUUUAGCACAAAAGGCAGUGCUGUAUCCAGUGGCACCAUUAUACAAUUCAAGGAAGCGGGAAUUAUCACAAUCUCGAGUAUUGCAGCAAUUGCAACCAAAGUGCCUUAAGGCAAUCAAGCGAAUUUUUCGCUUGUUUGAUCGCGAUCGCAAUGGUAUUUUAAGUCGGGAGGAGCUGAAUGAUUAUCAAUACGAUUGCUUUGGUGUACGCCUUCUCUCUUCAGAAACAGAUACGCUGAUCGAGUUUCUAUCGUCAGAGGUCCCUUCUGGAGUGACUCCUGAUCGCAGUGGAAUUAACCUUGAGGGUUUCAUCUAUCUGUGGUGGCUAUUUAUUGACCGCAAUCGACCAGAAUCAGGCUGGCAAGUGCUGCGUAGUUUAGGCUAUAAUAAUGAAUUGCAUUUGGAGAUUCCACCGGAGCGUCUGCAGCUCCCUCCGUUCGAAGAAGACCAGAGUGCACAGCUUACUCCUCAAGCUGUCGAUUUUUUAACCAGCUUAUUUCGUCAAUUCGAUGCAAACAAGGACAACAAGAUUUCGGACAUUGAAGUUGAGUCCAUUUUUUCUAUUUGUGAAGAUGAACGUGCGCCUUGGACGACUUGUUCGGCGAUCUCUUCUCCAUUACUUUACGAACGAACUAUAUUUGAUGGUAGAACAUCGCUGUCGAUAGCAGCUUGGCUUGCUUGCUGGAGCUACGUGGCGCAAGAAAAUCCACAUAAGCUACUCGAAACGCUUUUUUUCUUGGGCUACAACGACAAGCUUUUUCCGGCGGUUACUUUCUUAAAAAGCCGAGCUACAACUCGCAAGGCUGCGGAAAUUGAGCGCAAUGUAAUUUCGUGUUACAUUUUUGGCUCACCAGAAGCAGGAAAGGAACACUUCGUGCGCACCUUUGUUGGAGGGGAAGAAGCCACUUCAGUUGACAAGGGGCACUUUAUUCUUCGUGGCAUUAGCGCUGUCUCUGAUAAAGACACGACCAAGUACCUUUUUAUCACAGAGGCUCUGACGGAUGAUGAGAUCGGAUUAAAGGCCGAUGUUUUGCUCUUGGUGAUAAACCCCGAGAAUGAUUUGAGUAGAUUGUUUGUUGAGGAGUUGAACAAGAAACUACCAGCUUCUGUUCCGCGAGUGGUCAUAAGCUACAAACCCGAGAGAAUAAGUGACUCUCAUUUGGAGGAAGCGAAGGAUGAUACAGACAAAAGGGGUUUACUGGCGGAAGAGCCUGUUGAUUAUGCUAUUGAUGCGACGCUAAAGCAGUAUUCGACGUCAGUAAAGUGCCAUAAAGUGCACUGCGUAAAAGACGACGUUGCUCGCGUCCUUGUGGCAACUGCUUUGCGGCCACCCGCGAAUGCGCGCUCAAAGUCUACGGGAAUUUGGAUGCCAGGUCGAAAGACGGGCUUGGCUGUUGUCGGGUUGACUGUUGUAGCCGUCAUUUCAUACGUCGCGAAGCCAGAGGAAACUAAGGCAUUUUUGAGAGACUUUGUUUCCAAAAUUCGUCGCUAA